AUUAAUUGUUAUUAUUUUGGAUAAAUGUAAUAACGAGAUUAAGUAGAAGUAAGUUAUAAUUAGUAAUAAAAAAUAGGAUAAAAAGCCGUUAAUGGAAGGAAUAUAUGAUAUGUUUGUUAGAAAAUCAGCUAUAACAAAUACUUUAUAAUAAGUAAUUUCAAUUACAGAGCCGGUAAUAAAUAAAGGGCCUAGUAUUGAAGAAUAGUAACUUUAGAUAUAGGAAUAUUAAUUGAAGUAUUUGUUAGUGUUAGGAAUUCAUUUUGGUGUAGCUCUAAUAAUCAUAGGAUUAUUAGGAUAUUUCAAUUUAAGCGAAUAAAUAUAAUAAAUACCUUUUAUUAUUUGGGUUGUUCUUUUGAUGCUUUACAUUUUAUCAUUGGCAUUAGCCUAAUUUAGUGAAUCAACUUCAUAAAAAUAGCCUAAAAACGUAUUUUUAUUUGUAAAAUUUAUAAAUUAAUAAAAAGGGAGUUAGUUCUAUAGUGAGAUAAUUUUGGUUUGUUUAUGUGGUUGUGAUUUACCCAGAAUUGAAUUUUGGUAUGAUCUUAGGUGUUAUUUUUAUGAAUUUAAUAAUAAUAUCACUUUGUUUUCAUUUAGAUAAAUCAGAGGGGAUUAAAAAUUGUUUCCUUGUUUCUGAUUAACCUUGGAGAAUAUCAUUUGUGCUUUUAUUUGAGAUAUUAUUUGUUGGUUUAUAUUUGAACAUAUAGGAUGCUUUGUCAGCAAUCAUAUGGUAAAUUAAUUAAGAUAUUAUAAUUAAUAGGAUAAUAGUAUUAUUUUUCUUAUAUUCAUUUAUGUUGUUGAAUAUAUAAUUGGUAGAGUUUAGAAGACAUCUGGCUAAAAAUGGAAAUAUCUAUUUUUUAUCAUAACUGUACUUUGAUGGUGAUAUAGUGUUUCCAUGUUAUUUCUUGGAGCAUCAUUUAGCAUGUAGUUGCGAAAGAAGUAUUCUAAAAUGA